AAAACGAAUACGAAAGAAGGAGCACCUCCAAAUAUUGUUCUUUGCCAUCAUAACGUAAAUUUGGUUUAAAUUGCAGCUCUCGAUUACGUCAUCCCGUACGCAGCACAUGAAAAACAUUCUUGGAACAUGUGAAGACGUAAACAACAUUUUCAAAUCGAAACCUUUUUGUCCAGCUAGCUAGACCUAAGUAUCUCAUUCUUCUUCCAGUGAUGUUUCGUUCACUUAACCCAGGAUUGCAAAAAGAAUGGAUACGUGUGAUUCAGUAUGGUGCAAGAUUAUCACAUACAUCAACUAAAUGUAACAAUAAUAGUCCAUGCAUGAAUAAACCUAAGAGUCAUACUAAUAAUUACGAGAAACAUCUGCAAAAGAUAUUCACAAUUGAUUCAACUUUGUACAGUAAGAAUAAUACAAACAUAUUACCUUGGAAAAACUCCACGUGGGAAUUGAACUUUGCUCAUAUAAAAGAGUUUGUUAAUCGGUACAGAGAAGAACACAGCAGGAGAAGAAGUGAAAAACAUAUUAAAGAAGACCUUUAUUGUUGGCUUACUGGUGUGGUAGCUUUAUCAGGUGUUAUUGUUGGACAUAAAUGGUUAUAUCUUGAUCAAAGAAGACAUUGUCCUAUUCCUUUCAUCAAAAGCGAUGUGGUGCAAAAAAUUUUGUCAGAGAGUUUAGUGACAAAGCAUACUAUUCUUGCAGUGAAUUCAAACCAGAUUGGACAAAUAAAGGCUAUUGAAAGUACAAAGGAAGCUCAGCCUCCUAAAAGCACACUCGAUGAAGCAGCAUCUAAAUUCCAAACAGUUGUUGGUGAAUGUAACGCACACAUGUUAAAUAAAUUCGCUCGAAGACUUUCUCAAAUGGAUCAGAACGAAAAGGCAUUUAAGUUCUUCAAAAGAGCAUGCAGCUAUGGGCAUGCAGCAUCUCUUUUCAAUCUUGCCAUUUGUUACGAACUUGGGCGUGGUGUUGAUAAAUCAUAUACAAAUGCUGCAAACUAUUAUGGACAAGCAGCAGAGAAGGGGCAUGUUCAGUCUAUGUAUAACCUUUCAUCACUUUACUAUGAAGGAAUACUACCUGAUGACAAAUAUCGCAGUAAAGGUCUGCUCUACAUGAAGAUGGCUGCAGACGAAGGAUUACUUAAAGCUCAAUCGUUUAUCGCCUUGAGGUAUGCUGAAAAUCAACAGUGGGAUGACGCUGUGCGAUAUUUCAAAAUAGCAGCUGAAAAACAAGAUUUGACGUCAAUAUUUAACUUGGCAGUGUGUUAUGAAAAUGGUUUUGGCGUCGCACAGGAUGUUGGGAAGGCUAUUAACCUUUAUUUAUCUGGUGCGAAAAAAGGUCAUUUUAUGUCUCAGUUCUGUAUUGGUGAAUCGUAUGAAAAAGGAGUUAGAGGUAUGAGAAAAGACUUGAAAGAAGCGAUGAAAUGGUAUAAGCGCGCUGCUGAGCAAGGCCACACUAAAUCUUCCAAUCGUGCCGAACUUCUGCAAUAUGAACUAGAUCAACGAAACGAAGAUUACCUACUGACACUAUUAGAAAGCAAUACUUUACUCAAGCUACUUAAACCUGCUCGUGUCGUUCAGUAUGAUUUCCACAAAUCUUCGUCUAUGCCAAGUUUACAAAGUUUAAGAGAUGAGAGUGACACAAACUUGAUGGGAGGCAUGAACAUUUCUCAUGGUAGCACUCUGGGAAUGAACAACCAUAUACAUGGUGUGAAAAGUAUAGACAUAAUCAAAACAAGCUUCGCCGGCCGCAACACAUGGAGGCUUGGUGAUAAUUUUGUGAGCAAUGUCGGUGAUGCAACAAAACUUUCUUCUAUCUUAUAAAUGACUGACGUGAAGUGUUGUCUUCAAAAUAAAACACGUAUACCUUAGCUCACACAGAAGAAAGACAUCUAUCAAAUAACCAACCAUGUUUAAAGACACAGCAAACGUAAGGUAAUUUCUGUGUGCAGCUUAUGUGUCGAAAACGUUUUAAUGGUAAGCCGCACUCAAACGCUUUUAAAGGAUGCUUUCCAAAUAAUUGUAUAUUUUUUUAUUGGUAAAUUUUGCUUUUAUAGACACCGCUGAAGUGUGCGAUUUAUUUUUUAAGAUCGUGUUUUAUACGAUCGUUUUUCUUUUUUUUACGAAUGUACAUAGUUUUUGGCAGGAUGUUAAACGUUUCCUUGCAAGUUUUGGAGUUUAUAUACAGCUACCUUGUAUGUGUUUUUGCUAAAUCAAAAUACAUACCCCACAAUAAAAUGAA